AUGAAGUAUAAUAUCCGUGUUAUCGCUUUAUUUAUCGCUUCUGCAUUUGCUGUCAGUACAUAUGCAGAUCCUUCAGAGCCGUCCGCUUCUAUUUUGGAUGAAAAGCCAGAGUUUAAGCCAACGAAUAUUAAAGCACCGUUCCUAGAACAAUUCACAAGUGACUGGUCAAACCGGUGGUCACCUAGUAGUGCCACGAAAGAAACAAAAGAUGGUGGUGAAACUUUCAGUUACGUUGGAAAAUGGGAAGUUGAAGAACCACGAGUUUUUCCUGGCAUAAAAGAUGAUGAAGGUUUAGUCAUGAAAACUGCAGCUGCUCACCACGCUAUAUCCGCACGCUUUGAAAAGCCAUUGGAUAAUAAAGAUAAAACGCUGAUUGUUCAAUAUGAAGUUAAACUUCAAGAUGGACUUGAAUGUGGCGGUGCUUAUUUAAAACUUUUGACUGAAUCCGACAAAGGAAUUCAAGCUAUAGAAUUCUCAGAUAAAACUCCUUAUACGAUUAUGUUUGGACCUGAUAAAUGUGGUAGUACGAACAAAGUUCACUUUAUCUUCCGACACAAAAAUCCUGUAACUGGUGUAUAUGAAGAAAAACAUAUGAAUGGCGCUCCAGCAGCGAAAAUUAGCAAAAUUAGUACUUUAUAUAGUCUUAUCGUUAGACCUAAUAACACGUUCGAAAUUCUCAUUAAUAAUGAAUCAGUUAAAACUGGAGACCUCUUAAGUGAUUUUUCACCAGCCGUCAAUCCACCAAAAGAGAUCGAGGACCCUAAUG